AACUAAUUUCAACCAGCGCCAACAUCUUUCGCCGGCUAUCAUAUUCUUUCCCCGUCAUAUUAUUUUCACCCGCUUUCGAUAUAUUCAUAUCAGCGAAGCGAAUCUCGGAACAGGAAUUCAAAGAGAGAACAUGCGCACUUUCUCUUCUAUUCAUAUGCUAUUGUUUGAUGCCAUUAUUAAAUAUAUAAUUCAAUAAACAUUGUUUUCGGAAUAUUAUAUUUGUGAUCCUAUUCAAAACUCAGUCUAUGACAACAAAGACCGACGGUUUUGUCACUCGUAUUCAUACCACUACACCUAACACUACUAUAACUUCUAUAUCAGCCGCAAAAUUCGACAUUGUGGAAGAUAGAGAAAAUGAGCGAACCCGCACUACAUUGAGAAUUGUCACUGGAUCAGGAUUUAAACAAUUUGUGUGGCGUCUCGGCUUGGUGCUUCUCAUAAUGGCUACACUUUUAACUUUAUUACUACUAUUUGCCACGCCCAUCGCAAUACGCGCAGAAGAAUUUGUGUGGCCGGAACCAUCAAAUGCAAUCGAACGGAAAUUUGAAAAAGCUGCGUUGACUUCAGAUAAUGCAGCAUGUUCGAAAAUUGGAGGAGAAAUUCUCAGAAAAGGUGGUAAUUCAAUUGAUGCCUCAAUCGCCUCUAUGUUCUGUCUUGGAGUAGUGAAUCCUCAAAGCUCUGGAAUUGGUGGAGGUUUUCUUAUGACAUACUUUGAUCAGAAGUCAGGAGACUGUUAUUCAAUUGAUGCUAGAGAAACUGCUCCGGCGGCUGCUAGUCGUGACAUGUUCUUAAACGAUAGCGAUGGAUCAAAGUAUGGAUUCAAAGCCGCAGGAACUCCUGGAGAAAUUGCAGGAUAUUGGCAUAUUUUUAAGAAAUUUGGAAGCGGGAAAGUUACAUGGAAGGAGUUGGUACAGCCAUCAGUCAAGCUAGCUAGAGAAGGGCAUCCGGUAUCUCCGUAUCUUGCGACUGUCAUGAAAGUGAAGGAAAGACAUUUCAGACUCUUUCCCAGUGUAAAACAUUGGAUCAACCCUGAAACUAAUGACACAUACCAAUCUGGCGAUCUUCUCAAACGGCCAAAAUUGGCAAAAACGUUGGAGCGUCUCGGAAAUUCUCCAAACCCAGUUCAACUUUUCUAUCACGGAGAAAUGGCAAAAACAUUGGCCAAGGAAUUCCAGGAAGGGGGUGGUCUGAUUACCGAACAAGAUUUGGCCAAUUAUAAAGUUCGUGAAUAUGUGAACUCCAACUCAAAUGAUCAUUUCCGUGGAACGCUUACAAUGUGUGGCGGACCUCCUCCGAGCAGUUUUGGAGUCACUCAACUUAUUGUUUCCGCAAUGAGUAAACUGUUUCCCGAGGGUCACAAGGAUGAUAUUUACAAUGAUCCUAAAGUGUUACACAAGUAUAUUGAAGCCAUGAAGUUUGCAUAUGCUCAACGUACUCUCCUCGGAGAUCAUGAUUUUGUAAAAGGUGCCCUUGAACUUUCUAAGAACUUGACAACUCCUGAAUACACUCAAUGGGUUAUUGAUAGAAUGACUGAUAAGGCUCAAUCGUCGAAAAAUUAUGGAGGAAUUGCGCAAUACGUACCACCAGAUCAUGGUACAAGCCAUGUCUCGGCGAUGGAUCAAUAUGGAAAUGGCGUAUCUGCUACAACAACUAUUAACAGAUGGUUUGGAGCCGCCGUUGAGUCAUCUGAAUAUGGUAUUUUGUGGAACGAUGAAAUGGACGACUUCAGCACUCCGGGAAUGGAGAAUGGAUUUGGUUUCGCUCCAUCUGAGACAAACUUCAUUGAACCUGGAAAACGCCCAAUGAGUAGUAUGAGCCCAAUGGUUAUAUUUGAUCAUGUCACAAAAAAAGUGAGAAUGGUGAUUGGAGGUUCAGGCGGUUCAAAAAUUAUUUCCGCGUUGGCGAAGUCCAUCGUACGGUCUCUCAUUUUCCAUGAUUCAAUCAAAAAAGCUAUUGACGCCCCAAUGAUUCACAAUCAGUUCACACCAGAUAUUACUCAAUUGGACGACGAGUUUCCAAUCAAUAUGAAGAAUAUUCUUGAGAGCGAAUAUCUACAAAAGUUCCGGAACACAACGGGAUUUGAGGGUAUUAUUCAAGGAGUUAAUGUAUUGAACGAUGGUAUUUAUGCGUGUGGAGAUUAUCGGAGAAAAACUGAUCAAGAACCAUCUGGUUUUUAAUACUUGUUAUUGUUUCAACAUGGGUAUGCGAAAAAGUAUUUGUUUGAUUUUUAAACUAAUAAAUUAUUAUAAUAUUAAAA